AUGGCUUCACCCCGUCCCGCCCACACCUUUAACAACCCGGGUUACAAUCUUGCCAACGGAUCGACGAGCGGCCCCACUCCCGGAGCUACUGCGCUGCUCCCAAAUAAUGGCAGAGUGAUUCAGACCGGUGGUGUGCGAGUGCUUUGCGUUGCGGAUGUGCGAGGAAACUUAAAGUCACUCAAUGAACUUGCCAAGCAGGCUCGCGCGGAUCAUAUUAUCCAUACUGGCGACUUUGGAUUUUAUGAUGAUAGCUCUCUCGAGAGGAUUGCGGAGAAGACAUUGAGACACGUUGUUCAAUACUCUCCUCUCCUUCCAGAGACAACCAAGAAAAGCAUUGCCCAAGUUCCAUCUCAGCAAUCCAUCAAACAACGAUUCAGCCCAGAACAACUCCCCCUCUCCGAACUCCCGCUAUUGCUCAACAAGCAAUUGACACUCGACAUUCCCGUAUACACCGUUUGGGGCGCUUGUGAGGAUGUACGGGUACUGGAAAAGUUCAGGUCCGGCGAAUAUAAGGUCGACAAACUACACAUCAUCGAUGAAGCCAGCUCGAGGUUGCUGGAUGUCGGUGGGGUGAAACUCCGCCUCCUUGGCCUGGGAGGUGCGGUGGUUAUGCAUAAGCUGUUCGAUAAUGGAGAGGGCAAGACAACGAUCGCGGGCGGGCAGGGAACUAUGUGGACAACGCUUCUGCAGAUGGGCGAAUUGGUUGAUACCGCAAACCGCGUCUAUGACCCAUCUGAGACUCGUGUUUUCGUCACGCACGCCUCGCCAGCUCGCGAGGGCAUGUUGAACCAACUCUCGGUCACACUCAAGGCUGAUUUCUCCAUUUCGGCCGGGUUGCAUUUCAGAUACGGCAGUUCAUAUAACGAAUUCAGCGUUAAUCCUACUCUGGACCAUUAUCGUGGCAAAUUGGCGGCAUCCAAGGCUUCGUUUAACGACGUGUGGGACACAGUUAAGGGCGAGGUCGAGACUGCCAUAAAUGCCAACGAGGCCCAGAGAACUCUAUUGGACAAUGCACUAAAUAUCGUUGAGAAGAUGCCGACAAUCGCGAAUGGUGGGAACCCCUUCGGAGGCCCUGUCGCAGCGAGCAAUGCCGGCGGCCAGGUUGAUGAGAGUGCGUUCAAAAACAUGUGGAAUUUCAACCUGGCGGAUGCUGCUUUCGGAUACUUGGUUCUGGAAAUCGAUUGUGGGCGUAUCGGCACGGAAAUGCGUGCCCAGGGCUUCAACUUCUCACAUCGUACCGGCAAGCAAGCAACCGCCGCACCCCCCAUAACCCAACAACCAUCGACCGUGCCGGGCGCGCCGGGUCCUGGUGCUCACCCCGGACAACCAAGACCAACCGGCGGCGUUCAAUUCGGACAGACGCCAGUACCGAACCGUGGUGGCGCUGGGACCACGUAUCAACAGCCAACGCAGCCUCCACCCGCGCAAAACAAACCGGCGGGGCCGCUUCCUCCGAAAACAACCGCAUCACCAGCGCCCGUAAUUCCGAACAAUAAAAUUAAUAAGCCCGCAACACCUCAGCCCACCGGGGCGAAUGUCAACGUCCCCGCAAGCUCGACAGACAAAGCCAACGAGUCCAACGGCACAGCUCACGGUGCCGGUGACAGGACCGAUUCCAGGAAUGACUCCAGAACAGGGCCCCCUCAAGAACGCAAACAAAGCAGCGGCCUCUUCAUCUCGAACGUAGACUCCGAACAAGCAAUCCGCGACCUAUUCACCGACGACGACAAAGCCAAGAUCCUCAAGGUAGAGAAAUGGGGCAAAUUCAACCAUGUGGUGACCUUCUCUACUCCCGAGGAAGCAAAGAGUGCCUUGGACCGACUACCAGCUGACCACAAGAAACCAAGCCCGCCGGGUCCGAACCGGAAGCCGAACGUGAAGAUGUUUGAGGAUCGCGGGAGCCGAAGGGAUAUUAAUCGUGGGGAUGGCAACGCGGGGACGUGGCAGGCUAGCAACCGCGGCGGUGGUGCGGCGGGCGCGACUGCUGCGAACGUCGGACAGCGGAGUGGGUAUCAGAGUGGCAGCGCUUCGAGCGAUCUGGAUAUCGGACGGGGUCGUGGUGGGUUUGGUGGUGGGCGAGGUCGGGGUGGACGAGGUGGAGACAGAGGUGGACGGGGCGGGGAUAGAGGCGCAAGGGGUGGCCGCGGUGGGUAUGGAGGUGCUGGCGAUCGCGGUGAACUGCGGGAGCGCGGUGGUGCUUCUGGUGCUGCUGGUGGGAAGGGUGAGUCGCUGGCUCCUGCUACCACGACGCCAGCACCAGCCCCUGCGGGAGAGGCGAAAGGGGGUGACUAA